UUUAGGUAGCGGAGUGUGGGGAGCGAACGGCUUCGGACACUUCCGUCCGGCGAUAUUCGUCGCCUCCCACCCAACCCACCGCGAAGGGUUAAAAAAAGAAAAAAAAAAAAGAAAAAAGAAAAAAAGAAGAGUAAAAGUGCGAAGAGAGAGAGAGAGAGAGAGAGCGCCACCGCCCACCUCUCGCGCUUUCUCUCUCUUAGGGUUUCGCUCGCUCUGCUCUCGCCGAUUGAGAGUUUGGGCAGAAAAUUCUCAGCUACUUUUAUGAGGUUGCCCUUCCAUUGGGACUAGCCAUCUCUUGACAUCAAAGUUAGAAAGGAGUGACCUUCCCUUUUCCAAUGCCUUAUGAAGUUAUCAAAACCCAGGUAAGAUAUAUGCCUUUUUUCCUGUGCUUGCAGCGACUCCAGAUUGGGUUCUAGGUAGUCCUUUUCUCAAUUUACUCUGAUGUCUGCUAUCCCAUGUGGAGGUACGUCAGUACCUCAACUGGGAGCACAACCUCGGUCGGUAUCCAGACAUACACUUCGAGGAACAAAAGCAUGCUAUUUUAGUAACAAUUUGCUGAUGCUUCGGAAUAGUUGUUCUUGCAGUAUUCUAAGCAAGGAUAGGUUAUUGGCUGCGUCCAGUGCAAGUUUCUUUGCUCAUUUGCCAUCAUCUUUUCUACUUAAUUGUCGAACUUCUCAAAAUAUACGGCACCAAAGGGGCUCUAGACUUGUUGUUAGUGCUGAAUCUGACUAUUACUCCGUACUCGGCGUGUCAAAAAAUGCUAGUAAAUCAGAAAUAAAGAGCGCUUAUCGUAAACUUGCGAGGAGUUAUCAUCCAGAUGUGAACAAGGAACCUGGAGCAGAACAGAAGUUUAAGGAGAUAAGCAAUGCGUACGAGGUGUUAUCCGAUGAUGAGAAGCGAUCAAUAUAUGACAGGUAUGGAGAAGCUGGCCUUAAAGGUGCAGGCAUGGGCAUGGGGGACUUCAGCAACCCGUUCGAUCUCUUUGAAUCAUUAUUUGAAGGGUUCGGUGGAAUGGGCGGUGGGAUGGGUGGGAUGCGAGCUGCUCGCAACCGUCCGAUGCAAGGCGACGAUGAGAGCUACAAUCUGGUCCUCAACUUCAAGGAAGCGGUUUUCGGUGCAGAGAAGGAAAUCGACAUAACCCGACUAGAAAACUGCAGUACCUGUGACGGUUCGGGCGCCAAACCUGGCACAAUUCCAACUAAAUGCAGCACUUGUGGGGGCCAAGGCCAGGUCGUCUCCUCUGCGCGGACCCCGCUUGGCGUAUUCCAGCAAGUUACCACUUGCUCUGCUUGCGGUGGGACCGGAGAGUUCUCGACCCCCUGUAAUACUUGCGGAGGUGAUGGGCGCGUCCGGAGAACUAAGCGAAUCAGUCUCAAAGUUCCAGCCGGAGUGGAUUCGGGUAGCCGACUUAGGGUUAGGUCGGAAGGAAAUGCCGGAAGGAGAGGUGGCCCCCCCGGAGAUCUUUAUGUAUUCAUCGAGGUUCUCUCGGAUCCCCAGCUCAAGAGGGACGGGACAAACAUUCUCUACACUUGCAAGGUUUCCUACAUCGACGCGAUUCUUGGGACGACGAUGAAAGUGCCGACGGUGGACGGGACAGUGGAUUUGAAAAUUCCGAGCGGGACCCAGCCGGGGACGACGCUGGUUAUGGCAAAGAAGGGGGUCCCGUAUCUUGGAAAGCCGAAUGCUCGGGGAGAUCAGUUGGUGCGGGUUCAGGUGGAGAUUCCGAAGAGAUUGAGCAAGGAAGAGAGGAAACUGAUCGAGGAGCUUGCUAACCUCGACAAGUCGAAGACUGCCAACAGCAGGAGAUAGUCGAGAAUUCAGUUCUCUUUGUUCGGUAGCUGCAGACAUUCCGUAUCAUCAGUCGUGCGAGAACUAGUCUUAUUUUAUUUGCUGACAUGAAAACCAUAUUUUUUUAGACAUUUAAUACCAAUGGCGAGGCAAUGUUGUUUACAUCAACUGGAAAAAAGCCGAUGUGGAGAGUUGUUAAUCCCCCCACAUAAACUUUACAUCUUUCAGAAUCAGUAAUUCAAAAAUCAAUUGCGCAAUUAUUUUCUGCUGAGAAAACAAGCUUACAUUGCGAACA